UUUUUUCUCCUCCUGUCAAGCUGCCGUGGGUUGAGGGGGCAAGAUGGCGGCGUCCUCUGUGUGCCGGGCCGCGGGUUGUGUUGCCAGCCGGACCCUUCUGCGGGCGUCUCGCACGCCGCCAGCCUUAUGGAGUUUGACAAGAAGAGGAAGUACUGCAUCCUAUCUCCAGGUGCUGCAUAAUGUUCCUGAGACACAAGUCACCACUCUAGACAAUGGCUUCCGGGUAGCUUCUGAGCAGUCCGACCAUCCUACCUGUACAGUGGGAGUUUGGAUUGGGGUAGGAAGCCGUUAUGAAACUGAGAAGAACAAUGGAGUUGGCAACUUUGUGGAACAUAUGGCUUUCAAGGGCACAAAGAACCGUCCUGGUGCUGAACUUGAAAAGGAAGUGGAGAGCAUGGGUGCACAUCUCAACAGCUAUUCCUCUCGGGAACAGACAGCCUUUUUCAUGAAAGCUUUAGCUAAAGAUUUGCCCAAAGCGAUUGAGAUUCUGGCUGAUGUAGUACAGAACUGCAGCCUGGAGGAUUCUCAGAUUGAGAAGGAGCGGAAUGUCAUCCUUCAGGAGAUGAAAGAAAUGGAUGCCUGCUUGCCCCACGUCAUCUUUGAUUACCUUCAUGCUACAGCUUACCAAGGCACUGCUUUGAGCCAGACUGUUGAAGGAACGACAGCAAAUGCUAAGCAUUUGACUCGUGCAGAUCUGGCAGAGUACAUUGAGGCUCACUACAAAGCCCCUCGCAUGGUACUGGCAGCUGCUGGAGGUGUUAAUCACAAAGAAGUAGCGGACCUUGCCAAACAGCAUUUUGGCAACGUUCCCAUUGCAUACAAAGAAGAUGUAAUACCCGUUCUUCCACGCUGCCGCUUCACUGGGAGUGAGAUCGAAGUCAGAGAUGAUGCUUUGCCUUUGGCUCACGUUGCUAUUGCAGUGGAGGGGGCAGGCUGGGCCAAUCCAGACAAUAUUCCCCUUCUGGUCGCUAAAUCGAUCCUUGGGCGCUAUGACCUUACCUUUGGCGGUGGUAAGAAUCAGACUGCCAGGCUGGCUGUACUUGCUGCAGAGACUGGGGUAUGUCAAAGAUUUGAAGCCUUCAACACUUGCUACUCUGACACGGGUCUCUUUGGUAUCUAUUUUGUUACUGAUGGUCUGCAUGUUGAAGAUAUGUUGCAAUGUGCCCAAAGUGAAUGGAUGCGCCUCUGCAACAAUGUGACUGACAGCGAGGUCAAGGUAGCCAAAAACAUCCUUCGAAACACUUUGGUGGCUCAACUGGACGGUACCACUCCUCUGUGUGAGAAUAUCGGAAGCCAUCUGCUGAGUUAUGGACGUCGGAUAUCUCUGGAAGAAUGGGAUGCCAGAAUUUCUGAGGUUGACGCCAAAAAGGUCCAGGAGAUCUGUACUAAAUAUGUGUAUGACAAAUGCCCAGCUGUUGCAGCAAUUGGUCCUACUGAACAACUUCCGGACUACAAUACUAUCCGCAGUAACAUGUACUGGCUCCGUUUGUAGGCGGUUUUAUGCAGAGUGAAAAUGGGGCAAUGGGGCUAAUGAAGAGUGUCCUCUGGGUCUAUUCUUGUGCGUUUCCUGUGUGCCAGUGGCAAGAGGAUCCUAUAAUUGCUGUACAAACAUUCUUCUUUAUGGUUAUGUAAGUGAUGUAUCUGAGAGAGCUAAAUAAAUUAAAUUUAAAUGGA